AAAGGUUGCUGACCCCUGGUAUAGUGUGAUGGUUCUUUCAGACGCUGUAGAGUACGAGGAGCCCCUGAACGCGUCCUCUGAGUGACAUCCUCACAGUCUAAUCCAGAGAGUGGAGGAUGCUCCGCAGCUCCGAGCAGCGCUGAGAUGUGUCGAAUCAACCUCCUAUAACUUCUUCUCUCGGCUGUGAUUGACAAAAACCCCGCUAACACUUUGUUCAUCCAGCCCGCAGAGACCUGAAACCCGUCGGUACAACACCUAAUCCAGCCCGGGACUCUCCGCAGACGUGACGUCGGGACAAUGGAAUCUAUCCCGGACAGUAUCCGCCCUCAUCGGCUGCAGCCAGGCAUCGGGUUCGGUUCAGGACCGACCGGGACCGGGACGCUCCGCUCCUCGUCUCUCCGGCCCGGGGUGACGGUCCCCAUCGCCAUGGCUCCGCCGCCGCUGCUGUUGUCCUCCCCGGCCUCUCUGGCCGCCGCUAUGUCCGGCUGCGGGCCUCCUCCGCCGCCUCCGCUGCUGCAGCUCCACAGCCUGUACGGAGGCAUCGGAGCCGGGCUAUCCGGGCUGGGGCCGGGGGCUGCCGGCCACUGUAACCAGGGCAACCCGGCCAACCCGGCGGUGCUGAAGGAGGCGGUGGAGGCGGUGGUCCGCAGCUUCGCCAAGCACACACAGGGCUACGGCAGAGUAAACGUGGUGGAAGCCUUACAGGAGUUUUGGCAGAUGAAGCUGACGAGAGGGGCCGACCUGCGGAACGGAGCUCUAGUUGUUUAUGAAAUGGUCCCAUCCAGCAGCCCUCCUUACGUUUGCUACGUCAGUCUUCCCGGAGGCAGCUGCUUCGGAAGUUUCCAGUUCUGUCCCACCAAGGCAGAGGCGAGACGCAGCGCUGCCAAGAUUGCCCUGAUGAACUCUGUUUUCAACGAACAUCCCUCUCGACGCAUCACAGACGACUUCAUUGAGAAGAGCGUCAACGAGGCCCUGGCGUCCUUCAAUGGAAACCGAGAAGAGGCCGACAAUCCCAACACAGGAAUCGGGGCGUUUCGCUUCAUGCUUGAGUCCAACAAAGGAAAAUCCAUGCUGGAGUUUCAGGAGCUGAUGACUGUGUUCCAGCUGCUGCACUGGAACGGGAGUCUCAAAGCCAUGAGAGAACGGCAGUGUUCCCGACAGGAAGUGCUGGCUCACUACUCCCACCGGGCUCUGGAUGACGACAUGCGCACUCAGAUGGCCGCCGACUGGGUGAACCGAGAACAGAGCGUAGCGAGCACCAUCGCGCAGGAGGUGGCGUCGACGGAGCGCGAGCUGGAGGACGCCAGGCUGGCGGGCAGAGAACUGCGUUUUUACAAAGAGAAGAAAGACAUCCUGAUGUUAGCGGUGGGCCAACUCAAUGCAGCCAACACCGCCACGCUGCCCUCGCACUAAAACCUGCCGUCCGUUGUGGAAACAAGCCUUCACGCUCCGUAGGAUUCCUGGUAACAGUAUUGAUCACUUCAUAGAUAUAAAGGUGCUUUGUCUGAACUUUUUAGGUUUCGUAUCUUGUGUUUUGUUAUGAGGACCAGGUGAUCAGGCCUUGACUUACAGUAUGCACAUCCGUCCAUAAAAACCAACACUUGCCACUAUAGCCGUUACCUCUUUGUGCCUAGUGAUUACAGGAUAACAGUGCUUUUUAAAAAAAAAUACCUGUAAACUUGCUCGGCAUUCCAACUGACUGGGGUUUACAUGCUUUUUCAUUAUUUCAAACUCGCAGUAGACCUACAGAAACACAGCCUGCCUUUCAUCGGUGAAUGUACGGGACAUAAGUUAAUAUGACCCAUCAAACCAAACACAUUUUAUCAAGGUAUGGGUCAUCACAGUUUCUUUCUUUCAUGUUUUGGGUGUGUUUACUUGCAUAUAGUAUUUUGAACUCUGGCAAAAUGUAUGGGUUUUAAAACCUCGAUGACAAGUACCCUGUGUCCAUUAAUUAACACAAUGUUUCUAAAAUAUCACCACAAAAACCGCAAGAGGAUAAAAGAUCCCAGCUAAUAGAGUGGUGCAGGAAUGAGUCCCAAAACCCAGAGUUAGCAUUUUAGUACUUCCGGUUCCCUCGCCUGGAAGUCAAUGGGUAUUUUGAAUGUGUUUUUAGUUGCCUGAAAUAAGGUCU